GGGCGGUUCAGGUUUAAUGUUUGAGCUUUUUACUUCCCCCUCAGUUCUCAACACACACAUUUGGCCAAUCACCCUGCGUGUGUGGAACUGAGCAUCUAAAACUGGGAGUGAGUCACCUGAGAGACUGAGGAGGGUGAGCGCAGUGGGCCACACCGGCCAUUUUACAGUAGGUAUCAGUUCCUGUUUCCUUACAAACACCUGCUCAAAGUCCAUCUGCAUGACCAGAGGAACAAACUGGGGUCAAACCGUUUCUUCCUAUCCAUGCCUCAUAAGGACUACAUGGUUAUUUAUUUCUUAAUGAAUCACCAAAACGAGCCCGCAGCAUGAAAAGCUGGAGCAGCAAAUUCAAGAGACAAGACCCUGGCAGUGUGGCUGAGUCCUCCUCUAGCAAGAUGAACUCCAUUAGUGGCCCACCGGAGCCUGUGUGGGUUACUCACACACCCACACCAGAUAAUAUCACAGAUGAUGGGGAUAAUAGCUCCACAGGCCGAACCUCCAGCACUCCACCGUAUGCUGAGAAGGAGGACAAUAAAGGCAGUAUGAAGGAAAGACUGAAAACCUUCAUCCCUCAGUCAUGGGGAGGCAUCAUCCAUAAAUGGACAAAGGAAAGUGACAGUUUAAAUGACUCUGAAGCCAGCAUCAGUAAGAUCCAGAUCCUUCCCAAUGGGAGCAGGGUGAGUCCUCCUGUAAGUCCCCUGCGGGAGCGCAGGAACUGUAAUGAAUCACUUGGCAACUCCAGCCAGAACUCUCAUAGGCCUUUGUUAAGGGAGAGCCCCUCUGAUGAUAUCUUGUAUGAGGGCCUACGAGAGGAAUCUCUCCUGACCAGUAUCCAUCCUGCAGAGUACUACGCUGAGAAGCUGGAGGUCUAUAACCAGAAGUACUCUUAUUUAAAAUCCUGGCCAGGGUUGCUCAGACUUCUUGCGGGACUUCAGCUCCUUUUUGGAGGCAUGGUGUUUGCCUGCAUCAUCGCGUACAUCCAGAAAGACAGCGAGUGGUCCAACAGCUACGGACUCUAUAACGGUGCAUAUAACAAUGGGCUAGGCAUGUCUGGAUACAGCUAUAGGGGCCCCAUGACGGCCUUUGUACUGGCUAUAGCUGGAGUCUCCUGGAUUAUAACCCUCAUUCUUUUAGUGCUGGGAAUGACAAUGUAUUAUCGCACUAUCCUCCUUGACGCACCGUGGUGGCCUCUGACGGAGGCCUUCAUCAACGUGGCGCUGUUUCUGUUCUACAUGGCAGCCGGGAUUGUCUACCUGAACGACUUGAACCGUGGGGGGCUGUGCUACACAACAAUAGGCGUCAACCCUAUCAUGGCCAAUCUGUGCCGGGUUGAUGGGGGACAGAUGGCGGGAACGGCUUUCAUCUUCAUCAACAUGGCAAUGUAUCUGGGAAGCUUCCUGGUGUGUCUGAAGAUGUGGAGGCAUGAGGCUGCACAAAGGGAGAAAGAGUACUUUGAGAACAAGGAGCAGUUUCACCAGUCCAUCCCACUAACCACUCAAAAAACAAAGCGCAUAUCAUUCAAGGAUGAAAAGGAUAAGUCUCUGAGUAAAGAUGAUCUCAAUCAAAAUGCCUUCAUCUCUGAGGUGCAUAAGAACCCAGUCAGUGUGAACAGAGCCACAGUGUCUGAAUACACCCCAAAAGUACACAUCAUCGCAGACUACAUCAUAAAGUAUCCAGGGAUCAGCUGUGUGGAAGAAAAGGAAAAAUACAAAGCAGUUUUUAAUGACCAGUAUCAGGAAUACAAGGACCUCCACAGAGACAUCGGCAUCACCCUCGAUAAGUUCAGACAGCUGGAUGCCAUGAUGGCACGACUCCUCAGAGAUGGAAAAAGCCAAGAGGAUCAGCAGAGGAUUCAAAGCGUUUUGAAGAAGUAUCAGCGGAAAAAAAGUGACCCCGGCUUCCUCGAGAAAAAGGAACGAUGUGACUAUUUAAAAGCUAAAUUAAGCCACAUCAAAAACAAGAUACGCAUUUUUGACCAGGAAGCCAUGGAAGAUGGUCGGACAUGAAGAACAGAGAGAAAUACAUGAAGCACACGAUGAGCGGACCAAAGCAAAUAACCUUUCUGUCAUUGAAUAUUUUCGUGUCACUUUUUUAUGUGUUGUUUCAUCAGUAUAUUGAUCAUAUUGAAUAUAUAUUAAUUUUGAAUGAAAAACAUAAUGGACAAUCUUUGUACAAGCAUCAUUGUGACAUGGAACCUGGUUUAUAACACCUGAGCUACAACAUUAUAAUGGCUAAAUGUUGCAUAUCUUUUUGUUUCAUUACACAUCCCCUCACACAUCAUCUCACGUUUUCUUGUCAUAUUCCUCAUUUGUGUCACCACGGGGGAACAACAUGUUGAUUCAGUUUACGUUGUAAAUCAAAUUUCUUGCAGUGAUUGCAAUUGUUAUAAAACAAAAUAUGUUUGCGUGAUAAAGAUUCUUUUUUACUACA